AUGUCGAAUCAGUUUCUGGACGAUGACGAGCCGCCCAUGCUCAUGGAUGGCGACGACGUCGAUUCUGCUCCUGCUCCUGCUCCUGCUCCUGCCCCGACCCGCCCUACAAAGAUCGAUCCGGUGCCGGUGACGAUCGUCACGGGCUUCCUGGGCAGCGGGAAAACAACCCUGAUCACCCGUCUGCUGAACGACCCGACUCAUCACAAGCGCAUCGCAGUGAUCCUGAACGAGUUCGGAGAGAGCGCCGGGAUCGACAAGAGCUUGACGGUCGGAAAAAACGGCGAAAUGUUUGAGGAGUGGCUUGAGCUGGCAAACGGAUGUCUCUGCUGCUCUGUCAAAGACGCCGGAGUCAAGGCGAUUGAAAAUCUGCUCAAACAAAAGGGGCGGUUUGACUAUGUCAUGCUCGAGACGACGGGGCUGGCUGAUCCGGGUCCGAUCGCAUCCAUGUUCUGGCUCGACGAGGCGCUGCAGAGCGACGUUUACCUCGAUGGUAUCGUGACAGUUGUCGAUGCCAAGUUUACUCCUGAGUAUCUCGCCGAGACCAAGGAGGACCAAGGAGUCAAUGAGUGCGAGCGACAAAUUGCCAUGGCAGACCGAAUCAUCGUCAACAAGGAGGACCUCAUUUCGCCCGACCAAAUGCUUCGGCUGGAGAGUGCCAUCCGUGACAUCAACUCGAUCGCGCCGAUCGUCAAAACCACGAGGUCGCAGGUCGACAUGGACUUUAUCCUUGAUCUGGGAGCCUUCAGCGGCCGCUCGGUGGAUUGGUUUGAGAGUGCCAGCGCUGCGGCCCAGGCUCGCAAGAGCGGCCGUUCACACAUUGACAAGCGUGUGUCUACAAUUGUAUUCGCAAUGCCCGAGAUUAUCUCGCAAUCAAAGCUGGACAGCUGGCUGCAAGCCCUACUUUGGGAGAAGACUCUCUUGGGUAACGACGGCUCUGGUACCAACAGCAGUGCGCAUCAAAUGGAGGUUUUGCGCAUGAAAGCCAUUGUCAACGAUGGUGGCGCAGCCAAGGUCGUCGUUCAGGCCGUCAAGGAGCUCUAUGAUCGCCAAAUCGGGGCACCCUGGGCUGCCGGUGAAGAACGCUACAGCAAAGUAGUCUUUAUUGGACGAUCGCUUGACGGCGGAAUCCUCGAACAUGCUUUCAGAAGCUACUGCAUUGCAUAAGCAUAGGCAUGCUUUUCGAUGCUAUCCGGCCAACUUGAGGAUGGCCGUGCUGCCAUGUAUCGCUGAAUCCGCAAAGCCAAGACGACAGUGUCCCCCAAAGCAAUAUAUGGCCGCCAUACUCCACCACA